AUGAAUUUCUGGACUCAGAGUCGAUGUCGAAUAACACGUCUGAAAACGCAUGGGCAGAAAACGAUUGCGCAGGUGACGCAGGUUGACGGUCGGAGUUGUUAUCCGAGUAUCGAAGCAAGUUUCCGACCUGGAAGUUACAAUGGCGUUUCGAUGUCGAGAGACAGGCGCAGAUGGAUUGCCCGCAUUACUUUAGAUGGACGGCAGUCGUGGUUGGGUACGUUCAGCAAUCCAAUUGAUGCAGCACUCGCAUAUGAUGCCGCUCUGCGUACAGCUAACCUCGACGUCCCGAGGUGGCGCUAUUUGAAUUUCCCGACGCCUGAGGAAGUCAACAUUAUGCAGGCUGAUAGCACAUCGGAGCAUCGCAGACGUUCAAAUCUUAAGCUUUAUGGCAACAACUUUUCGAUUGAGGCAGCGUCCAAAGUAGCAGUUGAAAAGACAGUCGGAUACCACUUCGAGGUGCGGUGGUUAGGUGAGGGCACCCGGGCUGAUGGCAUCUUCAGGCCGCAGCAGCACACAGCAGAUGAGUGGAUCGGCAUACAAGUAAAGGCUACUGCAGGCAGAAGGGGGGGCGCGCAUCAGUUCACGGGGACGAAGGAGUACGCUGGCCUCAUGCUGGUAUGUGUUGCGCUAGACUGCAUGCAGUUCUGGAUUAUCCCAGGGGUUUGCAUAUGUGCAAGAAAUUUGUCGAUCUCAGCCGGAGGUAAAUGGGACGCAUAUCGUCGCUGUGUGGCCGGCGUGGCCGAUGCACUACACUUGGCGUGGGGAGAUUGUGCCAAGUUUGCACGGCAGCCAGAGGCUGUAUGGGAUAUGCCAGUUUCGGAGCGUCAUCAAAUUGAAUAUUUAGCAUACAAACUGAGUAAAAUCGUGCUGGAAGGUGUUGGCAUCUUCGUUAGCAGACCCUUUACGCAGAUGGGUGCAGUUGAUUUUCUUUUGAACGGUAAAGUGCGUGUUCAGGCGAAAGCUCGCACCCGAAUGUCAAGUACCAGCGUUGGGAACUACAACAUCAUUUUGCGACGGACAGCUGGGAAUGGAAUUUAUCCGCGUUUUUCAUCCGACGAAUUUGACGCGCUUAUAGUGCAAUUGAUCAGAGGCCAGAGGUUGGUCGGCAUAUUUGUUAUACCUAUGUUCGAACUGUUACAACGUGGCCUUGUAGCUCCAGGCAUCCCUCGCAGAGGUGAGCAGAGCUCGUUGAUGUUGUACCCCCCGUGGUCGUUGCCAAACACAGACAAGGCACGCAGUGCGAAGGCAUGGCAGUCAAAGUAUUUCUUUCAACUUGAUAGCGGCUUGGAGGAAGGCGACGCGCACAGGUUACAGAACUUACUUGUUGGUGCGAUCCCCGAAACUGCCAACGUUCUAUGA